AUGGCGUUUCCCAUAGACUACAUGCACAAGCUGCCGCGCUACUACGCAACCGCCCUGUCCAAGGAGGAUAGGUAUACACUCACUCACGGCGAGAAGAACCACAACCUUAAGGAAUGGACAGGCUGGGAUCUGGUUCGCCAUCACGACUCUCGCAGGAACCUCAUUCCCCAAGUAAUGCCCAAAGUCGAGAAGAUGAAUGCACUUGCAGAUAUAGAGCACAGCAAACAAUACAGUCAGCGUACGAUGGCGAAAGCGAAAGUGAAAGACAGGGUGCUAGACAAGGUGCGUGGAAUGUUUCGCGUACCGCGUAUCAAGAUCACAACUGACAACGGCAAGGAAUACCAAGAGUCUACCUACACCCAGUCGAUUCAUGGCCAUCAUUCUACUAGCUCAUCACCAGUCUGUCUCCUGCCAUCGCCCUCGAUGAGUCCUUCAACACCAUCCCUCGCACUCGAUAACAACACAACCGAACACUCACCACGACACCCCCGUCCAAGCAGCAGCAGUGACUACUUUUCGCACCGUCCCACUCAUCGAGCUUCCUCAAGCACCCACCGCCGCCACAUAUCCCCCCUCGCACUCUCCUCGAGCCCACCCUCCGACUCCUCCGUCCGCGUUCGCAGCCCCCUAGCACAUCAAGUCUCGUUCCAACCUAAUCCAGACGCAACGUUUGAUACGUUCCUUGUGCCGCACAAGUCGGGCAAGGGCGAGGUGCUGCAUGAGGUGGCCGAUGCGAAGAAGAGUGGAGCAAAGAGGUUGAGCAAGAUGCCGUCUAUGCCGCUGUUGAGGAAGCGGAUGGAGAUUGAUUAG